GAAGAAGUGAAGAUGUGGAAAGAUCUUGUGAAUUCUGUUAUCCUGUUGUGUCGACGAGCUACACAAACAGUAGUACCUGUUUUGUGUAGCUCUUCCCCUGAGGGACAUCUUCCAAUGGAUACUGAAAGUGUGGGUGAACUUAAAUCAACUAUCCAAAGAGCUCUUGGACAUAAGCUUCACAUAACCACUACAGAUGAGGAAGACUAUGAUUUGAAGGUGGAUAGUGUGAAAAUCAGAGCAUUACAUCACAGUUAUUACUAUUGUGUAGCUGGCGCACACAUAAAGAAGUAUCUCUUUUGUUUGGAGAUAUUUGCCAAAAUGUUACAAUUAUAACUGAAAAAGAAGAUACCGAGAUUGGUCUGAUCACAUAUGAACAGAUUAUAGAAAUUGGUAUCUUCUUCACUGAACAGCUGUCUGAAGUUAAGCACAGAGGAGCAUUUGAGCAAGCAUAUGUUGGCUUUUGGAAACUUUGCCAUCGGUUGUGGAGAAUGCCUGUCAGUGUUCUUCAAAAAUUACCAGAAAAAUGGUUACAAGAGCUUUUAUCUGACAUCAGAGGAGAGAGUGCUAAUUUACAGUUGUGUUCAACACGUCGUAGUGCUGGAGUUCCCUUCUUGGUACAGGCACUACUUGUCACCGAACCAGAAGCUACAAGGCAUACCUUCUUCAAGCAUGCCAUGUCAGUUCUGAUUCAAAUGGCAAGGACUUCAUCUUUGGAACAUUCAGAAAGUCAAGUCCAUGCCAUGAACAUCCUGCGAGCAUUAUAUCGUGAUACGCAUCUAGGAGAGAAUGUAAUAUCAUUUGCAGCUGAUGGAGUCCAAUGUGCUCUUCUUGGCUUCAAGGGGAAAUCAUGGGCUGUUAGGAAUGCUGCCACACUUUUGUUUAGUGCUUUAAUGACUCGUAUCUUUGGAGUUAAUCGAUCUCGAGAAGAGCCUCAUAAGAAGAACUGUAUGACAGGGAGAACAUUUUUCCAGAGAUUUCCAUCUUUGUAUGAAUUCUUGUUGAAUGAGCUAAAAGAGGCAACUACUUUAAAUAAAUUAUCAUGUGCAGGAAGGCAAUAUCUUCACCCCAUUCUUUACCCAAUAUUGUUGCUUUUGGCACGUUUGUAUCCUACUGUAACAGAGGAGAAAAACUCAAACAUGAACCUGACACUUUUUGUUCCAUAUGUGAUGUAUUGUGGGUACAGCAAAGUUUGGGAGAUCCGAGUUCUUGCAGCUAGGGCACUAGUUCCAUUAGUUGUAGAAAAGUAUUCUAUGAUUAAAAAACUUUUUGUUUCUUUAUCUGCAAAAUCCAACAGUGUAUGCCCCACCCAGCAGUGGGUGCAUGGUACAUUACUUCAGCUCCAGGAACUUCUCAAAGAUGUCAGUAACUUACUAGUUCAACAGAAAAAAGCUAUCCAAGAGCUUUUACUAGCAUGGUUAGAGAAAUCACACUGGAUCUUGGAAAAGCAGAAUUUGUGUAUGAUUACCAAAGCUUCUUACCUAGAUGUUCUGUUUUAUGUAUUGAGAAAUGGAUUUCUCCACAACAUUGAUGGUGUAACCUCUUAUGUGUUUGAAGAGAUGAAAGACCUCUGCUCCAAUAUGUCCUUCCUACCAGGAAAAGAAAUGUACUGUGUUUCUCUUAUUCGAUUGGGAUUGAUCAUUUUUGUUCAUCAUGAACAGCCAAGGGUACUCUUUACACAUUUUAUAUUAGAUGCUUUGAACUGCUCUGUCUAUGAAGUAAAACUAACUGUGCUACAUUUUUUGAAGCAGCUACUUACAAAUAACAGUGUCAGUUUACUCGAAUUUUCCUUUGAUGUUGGCUUGGAGUCUUGCAGGACUGAAGAUUGGGGGUUUUGUAAUGAGACGGAUAGAAAAACAUACUUAGUGCAAUUUAUAAAGGAAUCAAAGGAAAUAGGAAAGAAGUUAGUACAGGAGGCAUUUGAACCAAAGAAUUAUUCAUGUUGUGUGACUGAGGCUUUCAAUGUCAUGACAUGUCUUCAAACCAGUUGGAGUAUUCUUCCUAUUCAGAAAAUGCAAUGUAUUUGGGAUAAACUAACAACAGAAAAAUGUAGUGACGAUGAAUGGAACAUGACAUUUAUCUUCUCAGGUGUACUUGGUCUUGAACUAUAUAAUGACAUCAAUUUGGAAUCUGAUGCAGAUAAAGAGGAUGCUGUAAACUUGCUUCAUAAAUGGUUUAUAGAGAUAGAAGGAACUUCGUUACCUGACAGAACUGUAGCCUGUAGAUAUGCUGCUGUCCAUGUAUUGCUAAAAAUAGCAUCAUUACUAAGGGAUGAACGACAUAUUCUAGGUUUCAGAAUGAUUCCAUUGUGGAUUGCCGUGGUCAAUCUUCUACAAGAUGAUGAACCUGUGAUCAAGUACAUGUGUGGAACUGUGAUCUCAGUCAUUGAAAACAAUUCAGAAGAAUGUGAUAUUAGAAACAAGCCUGUCGUUCCUCAGUUAGCUUUGAAGAUAGCUGUUACACAGUUUAUCCAACUAUUAGGUUCUACUUUUCCAGCUCAUUGUAUGUCUGUUCUUCUUCAAUGGUGCUUGCAUUGUAACUUGGAUGAAAAUGGCUAUCAGGGAGAUGAACAACCAUUUGAAAAAGGAGAGAUGAAUGUUUAUCAGGAAGAAAUAACACUAACUGAUUUGUGUCACCUUGAAUUGAAGAGAUUUUGCUUUGAUCAUCAGCAUCAACUCAUCUCGGAUAUUCUAAUCAGUGUUGAACAUCUAAAUCUACAGCAUUACAACAUUACAAAGAUCAAAGCUAAAGAACUUACUCCAAGUGAAAUAUGCAGCCUGUGUAUUGAAGAAAUGAAAGAACUUGUACCAAAUAUUGUACGUGAUCUAACACAGUAUCCUCUGCCAAAUUCACAAACUAGAAAGAAUUUCAUACUUCUUUAUCAAAAGGCUGUUGUUGUAGAAGCUUUAUGGGGAAGUGGUACAAAACAACAUUCAGAGCAUGUGGAGCACAUCAAUGAUAUUAUAUCACAGUUAGAACUGGUAAAAUAUUCAGAUGUAUUUCUUAACAAAAUACAGACAAACUUAAGAACUGUACUUCAUUAACCAAAAUGUUUAUUUUAGAAAUUUUUAUAUUAUAAUACAUAUUUUAUUCAUUUUGUAGGAACCUAUCACGAUGAUUUUUGUAGGUAUUUUUCAUAAUGCUCAAAACACAGCUUAGAAAGUAGUGUAUAACUAUCAGACACAAAGAGAAUUUAUAAUAUCAAAACAUGUUUUUAUCAUAAAUCAAUAUGACUGCAUGUUACAGUGCUAGGAUUAAUUGUACUAUAAGUUUUCCAUCAUUUUUGAAAGUAUCUUUAUGUUUUUUAGGUGUUUUUUUUUACCUAUGAAUAUGAACUAUACAUUUUAAGUAUGUUGUGACUAAUGAGGAAUGAUGAUUGUGGUUGAAGGAGUCACCUUUGUUUCCUUGUUUAUUGUAGUGUGACUGGAUAAUUAUGUUUUGUUUUGGUCAUUGUGUUUGAAGGAUUGAGUCACAAUGUUUUAUUUUAGCCACUGUCAUAAGUUAGUUAAGCUUAUCUUUAUUUUUCAGUUGAUCCUGAUAUGAAACAGUUUCAUUUAUUCAACAUUAUAUGCAACUUAUUCUAUAUUUAACUUCAGGUAAAGACACAUGGCUUUGAAUAUCAGCACUUGAGUAAUACUAAUUAUAUUGACUUACUAAGAUACUUUCUCUUGAGUAGAAGAAUUAUUCACAGUCAAUUUUCUGAUUUAUAGAACUUUUAACUCAAAUAUAAAGCAACUACUACCAUCUUUUUAUAAAAUUUAUUUUUUAAAUAACUAUAUAAUUAUUGAAUUUUUUUCAUAUAAUGGAAACAAUUAAAACUAUGUACUUAUAGUUUGGAUAACAAUUAUUUCAGAGAUAAGAAAAAUAAAGGAGUGAAAUAGUAUUUUGAUACCUCUACAAACUAUGUAAGUUCAGGUUUAAAAUAAAGGAAUAUAUCAACUUUUUACUUGAAAAACUCUAUAUAGAUAUUGUAAAAAAUGUUAUGAGUGUUAAUAAACAGUGUUUCAUUGUCACUUCAAACUAAUUAGACCAAAAUAAUAAGCAGCUAAGUUUACACUUCAACUUUGAGAAAAGUGAAAAUGCCGAUAUUAUUACAAGUUAUAGCAUAAUUCUAACAUAUUUUUAUCUAGUUUUUUAUUGUAAUAUUAAU